AUGUUCAGAAACAAUUACGACAACGACGCCGUCACCUUCUCCCCACAAGGUCGGAUAUUCCAGGUUGAAUAUGCACAGGAAGCAGUGAAGCAAGGAUCCGUCGUGGUGGGAUUGGUGAAUAAGACACAUGCCGUGCUCGUUGGACUCAAGCGCAACGCCGAAGAGCUCUCCUCUUACCAGAAGAAGAUCAUCGAGAUCGACUCGCACAUGGCGAUUGCCAUCGCCGGUCUCGCCUCAGACGCCCGCGUCCUUUCAAACUUCAUGAAGCAGCAAUCCCUCGGCUCCAAGAUGACUUACGGCCGCCCGAUUCCCCUUGACAGAAUCGUCGCACAGAUCGGUGAUCGCGCGCAAACCAACACUCAACACUACGGAAAGCGACCAUACGGUGUCGGCCUGUUGGUGGCGGGUGUCGACGAGGCCGGUCCUCACCUGUUUGAGUUCCAGCCUUCCGGAUUGACGCACGAGAUGGUUGCCUGCGCUAUUGGCGCUCGCUCGCAGAUGGCGCGUACGUAUCUGGAGCGGAACCUCGACAAGUUCGAGGAUUGCAGUCGGGAUGAGCUGAUCCAGCAUGGAUUGAGUGCGUUGAAGGAGACUCUGUCUCAGGAUAAGGAGCUUACGAUCGACAAUACUUCGGUUGGUGUUGUUGGUGUGACUAAUGGAAAGAAGGAGAGCUUCAAGCUCUACGAAGGCCAGGAGACGGCUGCGUUGCUCGAAGUUUUGGAGCAACGUGAGUCUGCUGGUGCAGAGGGCGAGUCAAUGGAGGUUGAUUCAUAA